AUGAUGACAAAGGGACCUGCCAAAGGAUUGGUGCGGGUGGCCAGAAACGUUUUUCGAGACUGCCAGGGCGUCACCUACCAGUACAACGUCCCCUAUGCGGAGAGUGAGGAGGAGGAUGCAGAGCAUGAUUCCGAAGUGGACUCAAGAGACAGUGCCAAGGAUGCAAAGAAAGGCGCCACAGUGCCAAAGGCCAAAGGCAAAGGAAAAGCAAAGUCAAAGCCAAAGCAGAAGCUGGAGGAGAGCGACCAUGAUGAGGAUCAGGACUACGUGAUGAUUGUGCCGCCGCCACAUGUGAAAGGAAACCAUAUCUACAGCAACGCGUACAAGACUGCUUUGAACAACGGCAUGUCGCUGGACGACGCGAAGGAGAGAGCACGUGCUGCAACAAAUGAUUUCCGUGAGUGUGGCAAGGUUCGCAAAGCUUGGGUGGGAAGCUUUCGGGCCCGCAAGUAA